CGGGGCCAGCUGGCGUUGCCAGGCGCGCCGCUGUGGCCGUUGCCGGGUGACCCGCCGCUGUUUACCGUGGGGCGGAGCGGAGCGCCGGGCUCGCUGUACUCGCGCACCCACCAUGGCCUCCCGCAGCGCGGGCACCCUACUGACCGAGUUCAAUGCCGCCUACGUGCCCCCUGGCCUCAUGCCCGGAUGCCAUGGGUUGAUUCUGAUUUAAAGAGAUUCUUAAGGAGACCUGGCCUCCGUGGGGAACUCAGGAGGCUGAGGAGGAAGGGCACUGAGGUGGUGGAGAAGAGUCAGAACCGCCAGGGUCACGGUGUCAAGGGCGGCACCUCUGUGGCAUCCAGGGAUGCAGCGCCCGUUCUGUUGGUGAGGAGACCGAGGCCCAAGGCACAGGGAAAGACCCCAGAAGAGGUACCAGGGCCACGUCCCCACUGUGGCCUCCUCCUUUGGCGCUCCCUACGGCACCACCACCCUCAAGUACUUCCAGGACCACCGCAACGCAGCCAUGGAGAAGAGCCACACUCCCUUCGGCCAAGGCAGCCACUUCCCCACCAUCUUCUCCACCAACCCCAACCUCCUGCUGAUGGAGCACGCGAGCACCCGGGACCGCUGGCUGCACAAGCCCAGCUACACUCACUUCAACCUGGACAGCCACCGCUCCACAGAGCUCACGAAUUUCUACCAGAUGGUCCAGCAGCAUCGGAAGUACUAUCAAGACAAGACGGGCAUGGUGCCUCGAGUCCCCUACUUUGCGCUGCCAGUGAGGGAGCCGGAACGGUACCCCCUCCCCACCGUCCUGUUGCCUGGCCACUUGCACCGCUGCUGACAGUUUCACAACUAACGCAAAGGGCCAACCAGGUGGUUGGGAGAAGAGGGCCUCCUCUGUGCCCGAAGAAGAAGUGGCACCUUUUAAGACUAGCCCCCGAGAACCUGAAGACCUACCAGACCUUCCCAUCAGGGAAGAGGGUCUCUCCACAAGAGCGGAAAAAGAGAGACUGCUACUUUGAAUUCAGAGCAUGAGACCAGGUGCCUGAUGCCUGAGAUCCUGGGUCGUGAACAGCCUGGCUUGCUUGGAAUAAAAUCUUUAGCCAUGA